UUUCAUUCAAGCUAGUGGAAAUGGAGGGUGCCCCCUUCUUCCACCCUGCAUUGUUAAUUGGCCCCAUAAUUUCCGGCACUAUCAUCACUUCAAUCUUGUUUGGUUGUGCUAUAAUUCAGGCUUAUGCGUACUUUACAAUGUUUACAGAGGACUGCCGUGGGUUCAAGAUUCUGGUUUUCUUCAUCACGUCAUUGCUGUUUGCACAUUUAGUAUGCGUCGGAAGCCUGCUCUGGCAGAUGACCAUCGUCGAGUAUGGUACUCCGCAGGACUUGAUCGUGUUCCCACAUAUUGCAAAUGUGGUUGUCGUUCUGGGGUGCAUCAUCACAUUCUUUGUCCAGGCGUUCUACAUUUACCGCCUCGCCCGCCUCUCCGGCUCAUGGUUUCUCCCCUCUUUGUGCAGCACCCUCGCCGCGCUCUCAAGCGUGUUCGGUUUAUUGGUCGCUGCAGAGGCAUUUAGGUCGACGAGCGUGGCGACCGUCGAAAGGGACGAGAGAUGUGGCGAUCACGGCAAGUUUGGUGUAUCAGAUAAGUGGAAAAUUCUCAAAGAGCAGCAGCACAAGAACGGCCAGAGUUCUCAAGAAGUCAGUUUUAUGGGCCGUGGAAACGGGUCUUGUCACCAGCCUCUGCGCCUUUCUCGUAUUGAAUUUCUUCAUUACAAUGAAAAAAAACUAUAUAUGGCUUGGAACAUAUGGCUUUGUCGCCCCUAUCUACGUAAACUGCUUCCUGGCCCUAUUAAACGGACGCGCUAGUUUACGUCACGAGGAUGGCUGCGUGUGCAAAUGCUACCCCCUGCAAGCUAGAGCAGACGAUGGCUAGUCACAAUGUGAGGUGUGGAUAGGAUAUCUCAAUGGGAUGUACACAGCGACGUAAAACAGACAAGCUAUGCAUUAAUAUUUGUC